AUGGCUGUAUACGAUCGCCCCCUUGAUGAUUACCUUGAAAUGUUCAUUCAGUUCGGCUACGUGCUUCUCUUCUCUCCCGCUUUCCCUCUCGCUGCUUUGUGCGCUGUUGUGAACAAUGUUAUAGAAAUACGAGUGGAUGCUUUCAAGUUGUGUAAUACCGUACAACGUCCCUUUGGAAGGCAAGUCAAAAGCAUUGGAGCCUGGCAAAAGGCCAUGGAGUUGUUGGGAGUGGUUGGUGUCAUGGUAAACUGUGCUCUUAUUGGACAGUCUGGACUGGUACAGAGAAUAUGGCCAGACCUUAGUUGGGGAGGACAGGUUCUGAUUAUCGUCGUGUUGGAACAUAUAAUAUUGGCAUCAAAAACUCUCAUUGAUCUUGCCGUACCCGACGUUCCUCAUUGGAUUCGGAUUGAGACAGCAAAACAAGAACAUUUUCGUAGAGAAGCAUUUAAGGUCUGCAUUUGCUUAAAAGGUCUCUUUUGGUCUUGUUGUAAUUGCAAAACAUACUCAUUACGUAAGAUUUUAUUGGUUUGUAAACUUGCUUUUAAGAAAAAAUGAUA